AGCUGUUUGACAUUUGUUAGUUGAGAUAGGGGUCGAGGUUAUUAAAAAUUGUUUAGGGUAUAAUUGAUGAUGUUUUAAGCGUAUAUUUAUAUAUUUUUGAUUUGAAAAUGGAACAUUUUGAAGACGAAAUUAGUAGUGUAGAAGAAGAAACUACAUCUUUGUUCAAUAAUGGUUCAUUUUCUGAAAAAAGAUCAGAUGAAUUUAAUAACGAUUUGGAUGAGGAUGUAGAAGAUACCCGGUCAGAAUUAAAAUUCGACAGAGAAUUGGAAACUGAGGAAGAAACAGAUAAAAGAUUAUUAAUAGAAACUGCUUUGAGUAAUGCACUCAGUACUGUAAAAACUUGGCAGAAUUUCGCUAUAUCACCGUACGGAUUAGUAGCGGAUGAUUUGAGGUGCAAAGUUUGGCCUUUGUUAUUAGAGGUAGAUCCUACUCCAAACGAAGUAAUACCUUCUUUAGAAGAAUUAUCUAGUCAUAGUGAAUAUCAGCAGGUAGUUUUAGAUGUUAAUAGAUCUUUGAAAAGAUUUCCACCAGGCAUUCCGUAUAAACAAAGAUUAGCUUUACAAGAUCAACUGACUGUUUUAAUACUGCGUGUUAUUAUUAAAUACCCACAUUUACGUUAUUAUCAGGGUUAUCAUGAUGUUGCUAUAACUUUUUUAUUAGUCGUUGGAGAAGUAGUGGCGUUUAGAAUAAUGGAAAAAUUGAGUACAACUCAUUUGAGGGAAUGUAUGGAACCUACAAUGGAAAAAACAUCUUACAGAUUGAAUUAUAUCUAUGCUCUUUUAUCUAAAGUCGAUAUAGAUCUAUGUAAUUUCUUAGAUAGCGCCUCAGUUGGCACCAUGUUUGCCUUGCCUUGGUACCUGACUUGGUUCGGCCACUCUCUAAACCAAUACAAAGAUGUGGUUAGACUGUACGACUUUUUCUUAGCUUCUCCUCAAGACAUGUCCCUGUACGUAGCCACUUCUUUGGUAAUAUCUCGAAGACAAGAAGUGUUUACAGAAGGUUGCGAUAUGGCUAGUGUUCAUUGUCUACUUUCGCAGAUACCUGACAAUUUGAAUUUUGAAAUUAUUUUGGAAAAGGCUUCUGAGUAUUACAGGAAAUUUCCUCCGGAAAAAUUGGAGCAGAUAGUGAAGAAACGGGUGCAAAAAGAGUUAGAUCAACGUAAAAGAGACGAACAAAUUAUGAGAAGAAGAUUGAAUAGAAACAAGAGUUUGUGGCACAAGAUGAACCGAAAUUUCCCUGCUUGGUUGGUGUUUAAGGGAAAAUACGGUUUGUUAUUCGCUGCUGCUACGGUUCUUAUUGGAUAUAUAUAUUAUUUGAAGUUUUCCGAAGGACGACAUCCAUUCAAGAGCAUAUUCAACACAUGACAUUUGCUUGUUCCCGGUACCAUAAGUUCUCUAACGCAUAAAAGAUUUUAUACAAUUUUUUAAUUUAUUUUUUUAAGGGGUAUAUAAAUUAGGUUUAAAAAAAGCGAUAAACAAAGCCUUUAUUAUUAUUAUUUAAUGGCUUAAGUGUUUAUUACGAAACAAAAAUGAUUAAAAUUAUAAAUAAUUUUAAGUUGUUUUUUAUUAUUUAAUUUAUUGUUUGUUAUAUAGGUGUCGUGUUAUGUUUUUUCUCAAAAAAUAUGUACUCAAAUGUAUUAAAAUCGCAUUUAAAUGUCAUUUUGAUAGAACCGAAGUUGAACAUGUGAUUUGUGCAAUUAAUUUAAUAAUUAAUAAAAAUAGUUUUCAAAAA